GUGUGCCCGUCCCCGCGGGGCCUUUCCCGGCCUGGGCUUGGCGGGCCCCCCCGGGCACGGCGCGCAGCACCGGCACCGGUUCUUGCCCGGUCCAGGCGCUGUCAGCCCCUGUCUUCUGAGUGCCCGGUGAUGGAAGCAAGCAUGGUCGAUCGCAGCUGCGGCUUUGAUUAGUAUUUUAGACUCAUAACACACAUUUCUCUGGAGCUGAUGUUUUCCUAACACUUUCAGCUUGGCUUAAAAAGCAACUUUGCUGGAAUGUUUUAAAGGGUUAAAAACCCUCUAGGAUUUGAAGUUAAUUUAAAUUAAUUGAAGGAAAUACUUCUGGCCUCACCAAAGAAAUAACUGGAAUCAUGGAUCAGAACAACAGCUUGCCACCCUAUGCUCAAGGCUUAGCCUCCCCUCAGGGUGCAAUGACUCCAGGAAUUCCAAUUUUUAGCCCGAUGAUGCCAUAUGGCACAGGACUGACACCACAGCCUGUCCAGAGCACCAACAGUCUGUCCAUCCUAGAGGAGCAGCAGCGGCAGCAGCAGCAGCAACAAGCAGUGCAGCAAUCUACAUCACAGCAAGCAACACAGGGAACAUCUGGUCAAACUCCCCAGCUCUUCCACUCACAGACUCUUACCACAGCCCCUUUACCGGGAACCACACCUCUGUACCCCUCUCCAAUGACUCCGAUGACUCCAAUAACUCCUGCAACACCGGCGUCCGAGAGCUCUGGGAUAGUGCCACAGCUACAGAAUAUUGUGUCCACGGUGAAUCUUGGUUGCAAACUUGACCUAAAAACUAUUGCGCUUCGUGCCCGAAAUGCUGAAUAUAAUCCCAAGCGUUUUGCUGCUGUUAUUAUGAGAAUAAGAGAACCACGUACUACUGCACUUAUAUUCAGCUCUGGAAAAAUGGUGUGCACAGGAGCGAAAAGUGAGGAGCAGUCCAGACUGGCAGCAAGGAAGUAUGCAAGAGUUGUUCAGAAACUGGGUUUUCCUGCAAAAUUUUUGGAUUUUAAAAUUCAGAACAUGGUGGGCAGCUGUGAUGUGAAAUUUCCCAUCAGAUUAGAAGGACUGGUACUCACACACCAGCAGUUCAGCAGCUACGAGCCAGAAUUGUUUCCUGGCUUAAUCUACAGAAUGAUCAAGCCAAGAAUUGUUCUGCUUAUUUUUGUUUCUGGAAAAGUGGUUUUAACUGGUGCUAAAGUACGAGCAGAAAUCUAUGAAGCAUUUGAAAACAUCUAUCCUAUUUUAAAGGGAUUCAGAAAGACAACGUAACAGUUUCUACAUCUUUCAGAGAAAUCAGGGGUAUAUUUUAAAAGGUAUUGCGUAUGGCACAGCAGUAACGAGAUGGACUUCAGUGAAACUGCAACACCAGGACUUGGACUAUUUCCCAGUUAGUGCCUACUUCCCUGAUGCUCAAGGGGAACUGUAUUCUCAAUUAUGUCUACUGAGUUACUGUGAGUUGCUUCACUGGGCUGUUCCUGGAGCAGUCCCUCCAAGUUUUAUUUAUAUUCUAGCUUUUAAAUAGUUUUAAUGCCAGUUCUAUUAAUAGAAAAUCCGUAAGUUGGUUUAAAAGACAAAUGCAACUGUGUCACUCAGUGUAUAAACCACUUAAAUUGCCAUGUAUAUAUGUUUUAACUUUCUUCCAUAAGACCAUGGUUUUUAUAAUUUUCAGAACUUAAGCUUUUAAAUUUUUUCAAUUUUAAAUUUCUUUGGUGCCAGACACAUUCCCUCUUUCCAGAAUUAAGCAAGACAGAAUAAAUUUAUUAAUGAAAAUGG